CAAGGAAGUAGGAAUAUUGAGCAGGUGGCUUAUCAAAUCAGCCGUAUGAGGAGAGGAAGCUUCAGUGAAACUGGCUGCUGCAGCGAGGAAUUCUGUUGAGAACCAAUGAGAUAAACUUUAUAAUAUAUUUCUUUUACGGGACUACUUCAAGUCAUCCAAUACCUAAUGCAAUGAAUAUGCUUUGCAAGUAAAUAAGAUUAAGUACUCAUCUUGAGUCUAUAACUGACUCUGCGUGGAAACAGCGCAAAUAUCGAGACAAUCUGUCGCGAUAUGCGUUUGAUUCGUCCCCUCUGUGCCACUCUAAUGGGCUGUCCUAACUGAUGUGCAUCAAUUAUGGCGAAGUUCGAUGUAGUGAUAAUUAGUCAAGCGAAGUCGAUUUUCCCUGGUACUCAGGAUAUAUUGUGCAUAGGUUACCAUGGCUAAUUUGCCCUUGAGUUUCGCUAGGCCAACUUCCAUACACUCAACCCAAUUUCGGAAAGCUUUUCCACAGGGUGCUACUGGCGUCAACUGAUGUUUUUGGACACAUGAGGGCGCGUUCCCUCCUCAAUGCAUAUGUCCUUUGCUUGCCCCAAUAAGGGAAAACUAACUCCUUUUCCAUGUUAAUCAUCAAGCAGAUAUCAAGAGCUGAGUUUGGCCUCGUCCAUCUGCCAGUCCUAAGCCAAAGCAACGCCAAUUUUCAUUUCCUGAUAACCUAUCAAUGUCGGUGUCAUCUCUGUAUAAAGAGGCACCCCAGGAUGAUUUGCGCUCCGUGUAAUAAACGCAAACACCAGGCAUGUGUCCUCCCUGUGGUGAAUGAAAAUCAAAAUAUUUCCCUCAUUACCACCACAGGCAUGGCAACUGGAGACCGCUAUUCAUGAUGUUUGUGUUCACUAGUCGUUGGUGACGGCGACACAGUAAAUCGACGCUGUGGCUGUAGUCUUGCAUCCGUAUUCAUUUUGCCGUUUCACCUCAGCAAUUUCCGCUGAAGAUACGGUUCAAGCUUUUAACGAAUGACUUCAGUAGUAGUGGGUCCCAGUCGGGCCGUGCCACAAAUCAUCGCCCUUCAUAACACCUGAAAAUCAAUUUAGAGAGACCGUAGCCAUGGUGAAAUUGCACGGAGUGCCCCAAUUAACAACACCACUACUAGCACAAGGGGUGCAUGAGAGAUUACGAGAAUGAGUGACGAACGGGGCAUGCGUCCAGUGAAAGAUGAGAUGUAACGGCCGUGAAAUACAGGAACUGCUAUAUAAAGCUCCACAGCCAAAUUUGCAGUUAGACUUCACAACAGACGGUUUCCUGUAAGGGUUCGUGAUCGCAAACACUGGAUUAGAGCAAAUUGGAAGAAUACAACAGACACAAGGACAAUUUUGCAACAGCUAAAGCAAAGCAGCUGUCAACGAAUCCGACUGGAGGUAGGACACCAAGGUUCGCUUUGUUUUCACCUGCCGUUUAGCCGGCUUUUCGAAGACACUGAUGAGAGUUGAUAUAAGCCAUGCACAGCCAGUAAGGUAAAAUUGUUCCAUCCUUUUAUGUAUUGCCUCAGUUGAGACAUACAUGUGCUUCCUUUGGCGUUCAUGGAACAAAUUACAUCCGAUAUGAACACUGCAAACGGUCGAGCUACGGAGUACACCGCACUCAGCUUGCACUGUGCUCUGUUUCCAAACAGAUUGGGUUUUGUUCCGGAUCAAAAAUCGCUCGUCUUCAAAUUGCAUCCAUGCCGACAUGCAGAAUAAUGUAAGCUGGAGCAGCUUUGGCUGUUCGUGAGAGACGACAUAAAAAUAUCGCCAAAAGACGCCAACGGAGCACGUAAAAGGAAACCACUCACUCUGUGACGAGCUAAGAAGGUACAUCGCUCCGUAAUAUCCGGCCGGUUCGUAGUCUUUCCAGUCUCCAAGGACUUGCCGCCAUCAGGGAGGAAAGCGACGUCAGCAUGAAUCCUUGUCCUCAAAAGGCUUCACACAAUUAACGACAGGAGUGGCGUCGUGUUUCUCAGUGAAUACUAGGCGAGAUGGAUUAUAAGGAUUGUUAUCGUUUUCGCUGUUAGCCUCAUCUUGAAGGUCAAACACUGGAUUGCUUGACAACGUGCGAAAUAAACUUGCCAUUCCUUUUCGAUGGAAACUGGAAUGACAGAUCGAGAUGCCGAAAACCAAUCGAACCCGGUCAGAGAAAAGACCCUGCUGACACGACUGUGCAGCUUAGCGGACUAUUUCACCGGGACUAUCAAGCCUUUGGAGCGGUGGCUAGCCCGGAAGCCAUACCCGCUAUGUUUUGUCAACGCCUGCUGCCGAGCCUUUGGGCAACCCAUCUUCCUCAACAAUCCCAUCAGCGGGUUGAUCAUUAUGGUAGGGCUGUUUGUGCAGAGUCCCUGGCAGGCUUGUUGCGGGAUCCUUGGCUUAUUUGUAGCCCAACUGACAGCAGUAGCGAUGAGGCAACCCAAGGGAGCUGUGGAUAGCGGUGGAGUGGCAUUCCAAGGCUUAUUGACGGGUUUAGUUAUACCAGCACUCACCAGGGUCACUGAGUGGCAUGGAUUGCUUCUCUUACCGAUCAUUUUCUCUUCAAUAUUCAGUGCAAUCCUGGCCAGCGCACUGGGCAACCUACUCGGCAAGUGGGGUUUACCCGCCUUCAAUCUCCCCUUUAACAUGGCAACUUUCAUCUUUGUGGCUGCUUCGGGUCCGGAAAAUCCAUACUUUGGUCCUGCCCCAUCUGCCACGGACCUCAAAGCGGCAGAUGUGGCGAGGCUGGACCAGACGACCGCUAAUGACACGGGCGAACCCAUCAGCUGGGUCCUGAUUCUUCAAGCCAUCCCAGUGGGCAUUGGUCAGUGCUAUGGCUGUGAUAAUUUGAUAACAGGUUGUCUGAUGGCGCUGGCUAUGCUCAUCUGCUCACCGAUCAUAUUCCUACACGGAGUAAUCGGCUCCAUACUCGGCGCUCUAACAGGCUUAGCCAUGGCAGCGCCGCUCAGCGACAUCUACGCAGGACUAUGGGGCUACAACUCAGUACUUACCUGCGCAUCAGUCGGAGGUUUCUUCUUUGUUCUGAACUGGCCCUCUCACCUGACUGCUCUCUUUUCAGCAAUAUUUGCGGCAGCUGUCAAAGGCGCCAUGUCGGCUGUUCUAAUGCCAGCCGGACUUCCGGAAAUUGCUUUCCCCUUCUGCAUUACAGCGGGAUUAUUCCUCCUGGUAACCAGCGAGAGCAAACUGCUCAUGCGCGUUCCCAUGGACAAGAUCACAUGGCCCGAGGACCACAGGAGGAGGUAUAACCCUAGGGGCGUGGCUAAUGCGCAAGAAGGGGAAGCGUUAGAGGUUACAUGAAGAAGACGGCAUAUGAAUUUGGGACUAUCGUCCCGUAUACAUUUCAAUAUAUAAGGAAAUGGACGAUUAAUGAACAACGGUGUUUAAAGUAAAGCUUGCCCGGGGGUAAGUGGGAUAAACAGUGAAAACUUCUGUCCCUUUUGUAGCUGACCUACAUCCGUCCAUCAUCUUAUCCAACUUAGUUUUCUUCGCACGUUAAUACAUUAGCAUAUUAAGCAAGUACAUAUAUCUACGUCCGAGUAGUUACGUAUUCUGUCGAUAAAUUAAAUCACAUUUUCCGUAUCAAUUCAGAACGGUAAAUGUAUUUAUAUGUAACUGGGUUUUCUUGUUUGUUUUUACGUGAAAGCGUGUUAGUGAAAGCAACAUCUUCAAACUUUUGAGUUUAGAUAUGUGUCAAUUUGUCAAGAUCACUGAAAUACAUCCAUUUAUUUCAGAGUAAAAGUGACGGUGUAACUUCUAAAUUCCAACCCUGUAGUUUUAAGCAUGCUUUGUGAUUGUGGUGUUACUAAGAUACGAAGUUUCUUUCAGAUCAGAUCACAAAACGGUCGAUGCUGCGCGUGGCAACAGCCCUUCUUAAGAACAAAACCACCUGAUGAGUAAACCAAGAACUAGACAGAAGUCUUUAAAACAGGAAACAAAAACAUGGAAAGAAUAUAUUUCGUUAAAAUGUCUGAUCGCCAGUAUAAAGAUUUACAGUGAUGAUAACAGAGCAAACCAAAAAUAAAUAAUAAACGAAACUGAACGAAUGUUUAUUUUCUCCAUGUCAUAUUUAUUCAGUUUUUGACAUGGGUCUGAAAAAUUGGUGUUGGUACCGCAAAAUAAUGAAAACAUAUUAUAAGUUUGGUAUUUGUAGUACAAAAAUACCAAACGUCAUGUUUUCUCGAAUAACUAAGAGGUGAACAUUUAAAAGGAACUGUGGGAAAUAAUGAAAUGACAACCCUAAGGCUUACGUCCGUGAACUUGACAACCUUUAUACUACCCGGUACAUGUGUUUGCUUCACUGGAUGUACAUGUAGGUUGUACUGACUGCUGUUUUUAUCACAUUAGGCAAACAGGUGUUAGGAAUUACACCUGCUUACUCAAGCUAAUUCCCCAAUUCUGAAAGUAAGCAGUGACUGUGAUUGUACUCAUGUUCCCCUUUCCAACCACAAUGCCCCAAAAUUUUGAUACGACUUUAGGACAUUUCCUCAUGAAGCAGGACAGAAAUGCACAAAUCAGAAAUAUUCCUAUGAGUUCAGGAUUUUCAAAAAA